CCGGCCAGGCGCGGCCUGUGGAGCAGUCUCGAAGCCUGCUGCGGGGAGAAGAUGGCGGUCGCAGUGAGAACUUUGCAGGAGCAGCUAGAAAAGGCCAAAGAGAGCCUAAAGAACGUGGACGAGAAUAUUCGCAAGCUCACCGGGCGGGAUCCGAAUGACGUGAGGCCCAUCCAAGCCAGAUUGCUGGCCCUUUCUGGUCCUGGUGGAGGUAGAGGACGUGGUAGUUUAUUGCUGAGGCGUGGAUUCUCAGAUAGUGGAGGAGGACCCCCAGCCAAACAGAGAGACCUCGAAGGGGCAGUCAGUAGGCUGGGCGGGGAGCGUCGGACUCGGAGAGAAUCACGCCAAGAAAGCGACCCAGAGGACGAUGAUGUUAAAAAGCCGGCUUUGCAGUCUUCAGUUGUAGCUACCUCCAAAGAGCGCACACGGAGAGACCUUAUCCAGGAUCAAAAUAUGGAUGAAAAGGGAAAGCAAAGGAACCGACGAAUAUUUGGCUUGUUGAUGGGCACCCUUCAGAAAUUCAAACAAGAAUCCACUGUUGCUACUGAAAGGCAAAAGAGGCGCCAGGAAAUUGAACAAAAACUUGAAGUGCAGGCAGAAGAAGAAAGAAAGCAGGUUGAAAAUGAGAGGAGAGAACUAUUCGAAGAAAGGCGUGCUAAACAAACAGAACUGCGGCUUUUGGAACAGAAGGUUGAGCUUGCGCAGCUGCAAGAAGAAUGGAAUGAGCAUAACGCCAAGAUAAUUAAAUAUAUAAGAACUAAGACAAAGCCCCAUUUGUUCUAUAUUCCUGGAAGAAUGUGUCCAGCUACCCAAAAAUUAAUAGAAGAAUCACAGAGAAAAAUGAAUGCUUUAUUUGAAGGUAGACGCAUCGAAUUUGCAGAACAAAUAAAUAAAAUGGAGGCUAGGCCUAGAAGACAAUCAAUGAAGGAAAAAGAGCAUCAGGUGGUGCGUAAUGAAGAACAGAAGGCGGAGCAAGAAGAGGGUAAGGUGGCUCAGCGAGAGGAAGAGUUGGAGGAGACAGGUAAUCAGCACAAUGAUGUAGAAAUAGAGGAACCAGGAGAGGAAGAGGAAAAGGAAAUAGGUAUAGUUCAUAGCGAUGUGGAGAAAGAACAGGAGGAGGAGGAGCAAAAGCAGGAAAUGGAGGUUAAGAUGGAGGAGGAAACUGAGGUAAGGGAAAGUGAGAAGCAGCAGGAUAGUCAGCCUGAAGAAGUUAUGGAUGUGCUAGAGAUGGUCGAGAGUGUCAAAAAUGUCAUUGCUGAGCAGGAAGUCAUGGAAACCAAUCAAGUGGAAAGUGUAGAACCUUCAGAAAAUGAAACUAGCAAAGAAUUGGAGCCAGAGAUGGAAUUUGAAGUUGAGCCAGAUAAAGAAUGUAAAUCUCUUUCUCCUGUGAAAGAGAAUGCUAGUGCUCUCGAAAUGGAAAAUGAGCCUGAGGAAAAAGAAGAGAAAGAAUCUGAGCCCCAACCUGAGCCUGUGGCUCAGCCUCAGCCCCUGCCUCAGCCCCCACCCCCGCCCCCAUCUCAGUCCCAGCCCCAGCCAGUGCUCCAGCCCCAUCCGCUCUCUCAGCCUGAGACUUUGCCCUUAGCUGUUUUUCAGCCACCACCUCAGGUCAUUCAGGAGCAAGGGCACUUACUGCCUGAGAGGAAGGAGUUUCCUUUAGAAUCUGUAAAACUCACUGAGGUGACAGUAGAGCCAGUCUUGACGGUGCAUCCAGAGAGCAAAACCAAAACCAAAACUAGGAGCAGAAGUAGAGGUAGAGCUAGGAAUAAAACGAGCAAGAGCAGGAGUCGGAGCAGUAGCAGUAGCAGUUCCAGUAGCAGUUCAACCAGUAGCAGCAGCGGCAGCAGUUCCAGCAGCGGUAGCAGUAGUAGUCGAAGUAGUUCCAGCAGCAGCUCCAGUACAAGUGGCAGCAGCAGCAGAGACAGUAGCAGCAGCACUACUAGCAGUAGUGAGAGUAGAAGUCGGAGUAGGGGCCGGGGACAUAACAGAGAUAGAAAGCACAGAAGGAGCGUGGAUCGGAAGCGAAGGGAUACUUCAGGACUAGAAAGAAGUCACAAAUCUUCAAAAGGUGGUAGUAGUAGAGAUACGAAAGGAUCAAAGGAUAAGAAUUCCCGGUCCGACAGGAAAAGGUCUAUAUCCGAGAGUAGUCGAUCAGGCAAAAGAUCGUCGAGAAGUGAAAGAGACCGAAAAUCAGACAGGAAAGACAAAAGGCGUUAAUGGAAGAAGCCAGGCUUUCUUAGCCUAUUCUUUGCAGCAGAAGAUUUCUUGAUGAGUAAAAGGAUUACCUUUCCUUGUAAGGAGGAUGCUGCCUUAAGAAUUGCAUGUUGUAAAAAAUCUUUUUGGAAAAUACAGACUGUUUGUUUACCAGACAUUCUUGUACUUUUUGCAUAAUUUUGUAAGAGUUAUUUAUCAAAAUUAUGUGAGGUUCCAAAAUAUGUAAAAUAAUAAUAAUAAAAAAAGAUUAACAUCCCUUGUCAUCUUUUUUAAAUAUCCUAUACUCUGCAGUAAGAAUGUAUAUUUUAAUAGGUAAAUCUUUAAGUCUGUUCCCUUCUAAUUCUGUAUCAUACAUUGCUUUUGUAGAAAUAAAUGUGCAUUUCUUUCAUUAGUUUUGAGAUGUCCUCGUUGACGCUUGUAUAAUAAAUAUCCUCUUGAUACCAUUUUCAGCUUUUAUCACUAGAUACUGAACGUGAUUAGAAUGUCUUUGAAAGUUUCCUCACUUUUAUUUGCCUUAGGCAGUUAUUUUGAGUUGUCAAAAUCAGAUCUUUGCAGCUUUGAGGGGGAACAUAAUAGUUCUCCGUGAAAUCAUUUACUGUUUUUUCUAAUCUCCCUUGUUAUUUUAAUCUAAGCAUUUUCCCCUCCUCAUCUUUAAACCACGUAUUUGGUAGAUAACUUAAAAUAGUAUAAUUUGGUUGGCAUUUUCUUCAUGAUUAUGGGAGCAUCAUUCUUUUGUCUCCAUGGUUACUUGUGUGAUACAGCAUAUAUAUCUGUUAAAGAAAAUAAUCACUUCUUUCUAGGGGAGGGAGGUAGAAAAGUAUAUUCUAAAUUUGGUUUUUGAGUUUGUGGUCUUGUCUUAACUUUUGUGUUGGCUCUAACUCUGAAACAUGCCAAUAAUGUGUUUUCAAGAAUUUUUGUUUAAGUAUUGUAUGAAAGUUUACAAAAUGAAGGAAGUUAAUCUACACUUGAAUCUGUGAGCAAGAUAACACGCAAGUGUACCAAGUGAUUAUUAACUUUGUUUUAUAAAUUUGUAUGAAUUUGGAGUAUCUGUUGCCCAUUACUAUACAUGUGCAAAUAAAUGUGGCUUAGACUUGUGUGACUGCUUAA